CGACGGCCUGCUGGGGAGCAAAGGGGAGUACAGCUGGAGUCCGUGGCUGUCAGUUCGCUUCCACCUCCAAAGCUCCACGGGCCGCUCGCGCUAUGGCCGCCCCGCCACAGGUGCGGGCUCUGCUCCUAGCCAUCAACACACUGCUGCGCAAGCGCCGCUACCACGCUGCAUUGGCCAUGGUUAAGGGUUUUCGGAACGGAGCUGUCUAUGGAGCCAAAAUCCGGGCCCCUCAUGCGCUGGUCAUGACCUUUCUCUUCCGGACUGGCAGCCUCCGGGAGAAGCUUCGGGCCAUCCUGCAGGCCACGUACACCCACUCCAGGAACCUGGCCUGCUUUGUGUUUACCUACAAGGGUCUCUGUGCCCUGCAGUCCUACAUGCAGGGCAAGACCUACCAAUUUCACUCUUUCCUGGCUGCUUUCAUUGGGGGCAUCCUGGUGUUUGGAGACAACAACAACAUCAACAGCCAGAUCAACAUGUACCUGUUGUCUCGUGUCCUGUUUGCCCUGUGCCGCUUGGGUGUGGAGAAGGGCUACAUCCCUGAGCCCAGGUGGGACCUGUUCCCGAUGUUAACUGCAGUGGUGUGGGGGCUGGUCCUGUGGCUCUUUGAGUAUCACCGGCCCACGCUGCAGCCCUCGCUGCAGUCCUCCAUGACCUACCUCUACCAGGACAGCAAUGUGUGGCAUGACAUCUCAGAUUUCCUCAUCUAUAACAAGAGCCACCCCUCCAAGUAAUGCAGUCCUGACGUAACAGUGGAGGGCUUCUCCACCUGAGUAGGCUCCAGGCAAUGUCAACUGCAGCUCGGGGUUUGGCUCAGGAAACCCUCCCAGAGGAUAUCACCUUCUCAAAGUCACUGGCCUCAGACUCAACGUGUGUUAUCCCAGGGUUCCAGGGGCCCAAGUAAAAGUACUGAUGUCCACAUCCCAGUAGGUACUCUUGAAUGGUGGAACAAGUGGUGGAAUGAGGCUGAGGAGUCUUGGGCUUGGUUCCAGCUGUGUAUGCUGCUGACUUCUGUGAGAUGGGGUGAGUCGCACCUCUCUCCGGGCCUUAGGGGUCACUGAGCUCGAAGGAAGGUCCUGAGGUCUCUUUCUGGUGGGUACAUUCUUUCUCAGACUAUUGUGAUAUCACAAAGUUCCCCUUCCUUUAAACAAAAAAUUAAGUUCUUUAUCUCAGGUUUUGUUCUCAGAGAAGUUCUAAAGCUCCACUGUCCAGUAGAAACCAAAUGCGAGUUAUGGAAGUAAAUUUUUUCAUUUACAUGUUAAAAAGUAAAAAGAAGGGCGGCACCUGUGGCUCAGUGAGUAGGGCGCCCCAUAUACCGAGGGUGGCGGGUUCAAACCUGGCCCUAGCCAAACGACAACAAAAAAUAGCUGGGCGUUGUGGCAGGCGCCUGUAGUCCCAGCUAGUCAGGAGGCUGAGGCAAGAGAAUUGCCUAAGCCCAAGAGCUGGAGGUUACUGUGAGCUGUGAUACCACGGCACUCUACUAAGGGUGACAAAGUGAGACUCUGUCUCUAAAAAAAAAAAAAAAGUAAAAAGAUCCAGGUGAGAUUAAUCUUAAUGAGAUAGAUACAUACACACAUAUAUAUGUGUAUAUAUAAUAUAUAUGUAUUAUAUAUAAACCCAAUAUUUCUAAAAUGUUAUUAUUUCUGUCUUUCCUUUUUUUUUUUCUUUGAGAUAGAAUCUCACUCUGUUGUCCUGGGUAGAGUGCCAUGGCAUUAUCAUAGCUCACUGCAACCUCAAACUCUUGGGCUCAGGCAAUCCUCUUGCCUCAUUUUCCCAGGUAGCCAUGACUACAGGUGGCUGCCAUGAUGCUCAGCUAAUUUUUUCUAUUUUUAAUAGAGUCAGGGUCUUGCUCUUUCUCAGGCUGGUCUUUAACUCCUAAGCUUAAGCCACCACUUGCCUCAGCAUCCCAGAGUGCUAAGAUUACAGGCAUGAGCCACUAUGCCUGGCCUUAAAAUGUUAUUAUUUCAACAUAAUUAACAAAAAUGUAAUUCAAUGUUUUGUACUCUUUUUUUUUUUUUUUGGUACUAAGUCUUUAAAAUCAGGUGCGUGUUUUACAUAGCACACCUCAACUUGGACCACCCAUGUUUCCAGUGCUCAGUAACCACAUGUGGAUAGUGGCUGCCAGAUGAGCAACACAGUUAUGUAAUACCUGUGUCCUCACAGAAGAUUCUAGUGGACGGUGCAGAUCUAGAGCUAGAGGACAUGGGUUUGAGUCCUCACUCCACCACUGUGUAACCUUGGGGAAGGUUCUAGAUGUCUCAGAGCCUCCAUUUUAUCAUAAAAUGGGAAUAAUCAUAAUACCUGGUAUCCACAUUGGGCUAAGACAACUACAGCUGCUGCCACUACUACUAAUUACUUCUGUUUAGUGACCUCCUACUUCCUCCUGGGUGCUUUGUACAUGUUAUUUUUAAUCCAUGCAAUAACCUUGCAGGUAUAUGUUUUGAUUCCCCAUUUUACAGGUGUGGAAAGUGAGAUCAGCGAGGGGAGUAACUUAGCCAAGGUAAUAUAACACAUAUGACACCCAAAUCAGGAUUUGAAACUAGAUCUGUCUGAUUUCAGUGCCUUGCUUCAAAUUUAGAAACCUAUGCCAUACUAUGCAAAUGUUAGCUAAAGGAUCUGAGCCAGAGGGAGGUGUAAACUCAAAUGCCUGCAGGGGCCUGUAGUAGCAUAAAUGGAAGUGUUAAGGGUGCUAUGCAGUAGGGAGUGAUGAAGACAUGGGAAACUGGAGUCUUGUGUUUCAGUCUGAUGUUUUUAAACCACCAAGCCAGAACAGUCAAAACAAGUCUCCAGGCUAGGCACCUGUAGCUCAAGUAGCUAAGGCACCAGCCACAUACACCAGAGUUGGUGAGUUCGAAUCCAGCCCGGGCCUGCCAAACAACAAUGACGGCUGCAACCAAAAAAUAGCCAGAUGUUGUGGCAGGCACCUGUAAUCCCAGGUACUUGGGAGGCUGAGGCAAGAGAAUCACUUAAGCCUAGGAGUUGAGGUUGUUGUGAACUGUGACGCCUCAGCACUCUACCCAGGAUGACAGUUUGAGACUCUGUCUCAAAAAGAAAAACAAGUCUCUAGGAAAAUUCAGUGUAUGGGCUACCAAUUGGAGAGCCUUGGUUUAGUAGGUACACUUUUAUUAUACUUGAAUUUACUAAUAGAAAUGUACACAUGAGUUACUGGAGAUCUUAUCCAAAUAAAAUUUACAUUCU